UUCGCCUCAGGGGGCGUCGUUGUCUCUCUGCCUUCUCUUCCAUGCCGUAAAGUGCUGCAAUUUUGCAAUGUUUUAUUUGGGGUGUUGAAUCCGUCCUUCUCCAGCCAAAAUACGUCCCCCAGGUACAACUCCACAAGUGAGGUGGAGUUGCUGCCAUGGAGGUGGCCUCCCUCCCUAUGGAGCUAUGGAGGGUUAUCUUGGCCUACCUCCCACUGCCCGACCUGGGUCGCUGUUGCUUGGUCUGCCAUGCCUGGAGAGAACUCGUCCUAUCACUAGAUAACACUCGCUGGAAACAGCUCUGCCUGGGCUGCCCAGAGUGCCGCCACCCCAACUGGCCGAGUCAACCCCACCUCGAGCCGGCGUCCUGGAGGGAGGCCCUGAAGCAGCACGCCCUGGCCAGCCGCACCUGGACCCAGAACGGGGUGGAGCUUCAGUCCUCCGCCUGCCUCCACCUCUUCCGCCGGAGAAAGGAUCGGCGGGUUUUGCACGUAGGGGUUGGUUGUGAAUUUGAAACCUUGCGAGGGGUCCUGGGAGCGGCGGGCCCAUAUGACCGGGUGGUCCUUCACCCUGGGGUUUACGAGGAGCAGGCGGAACUCGCGCUGAAGGUGCCUGUGGAGCUUGUGGGACUGGGCCAGCUGGGCGAGGUGUCCCUGCUGGUGUGUGUGGAGCAGCAGUGCCCUACAGCCAGGCUGUGCAAUCUGGUGUUCAUGCCAGCAUGGUUCUCCACUGUGGUGUACAAGACGUCGUGGGGGCACGUCCAGCUGGACAACUGUAACUUUGAGGGGGCUCAGCUGCAGGUCCGGGGCCCAGGGACCUGCCAGGCGCGCUUUUGCUCCUUCUCACACGGGGGCUCCGCCAAUUUCCUGGGGGUUGCGCUCAGCUUAUUGGACAGCUGUGACUUCUCAGGAAGUGACGCUGCCUCCGUCACUGUGGACGGCUCCCCCGUGUCCGAGAGGAACUGGGCUUGCAAACACUUGGCCGCUUUGGCCAGAACACUAACGUCUGAGGGCUCUCCCGCCAACGGAGUCCCACCCAGAGGCAGCUGGGGGACGGGGCACGCUGAGGCGGGCUCGACGUUUGCUGCAGAGGACUGGGGCAGGGCCGCGUGGCAGCGGGGCGCCGGAGCGCCCCUGCUCGGUCGGGACACCGUGAUCGAGGACGGCUGGGGCGAGGACGGACUCUGUGGCGGAGAGCUUGAGAGCCACGCACAAGGAAACGAUCAGGCUUCGUGGGACUACAAACUCGCCUGUGAUCGCCACAGCCUCGCCCCCCUCCUCAAGCCCCACCCCGAUGGCUCCCUGCCCCCAGCCUCUUCCCCUGACCCCCGCUACGUUAUCCCCGGUCUUCUCUCUCUGUCGCAGGAGCUGCAACGGGACCCGGAGGCCCAGCUAUUAGCCACGUCCGUCCAGGGCUGUUUUGUGAGGAGAUGCGUCUUCAGGGACGGGAAGGGCGGAGUGCACAUCUGUAACUACGGUCAGGCGCGGCUGGAGGAGAACGUGUUCCGUGGUCUCAACUACGCCGUCCGCUGUAUCCAGAAUUCCACUAUAGUGAUGUUGCGUAAUGAAGUGAGGGAGUGCAGUGCCUCGGGCGUGUUCCUCCGCCUCUCUGCUCAUGGGCUCAUUGCCGAAAACAACAUCCACUCCAAUGGGGAGGCAGGACUGGAUAUCCGCAAAGGGGCCAACCCCAUAAUCCUGUGUAACAGAAUACACAGUGGUUUGCGUUCUGGAGUGGUUGUCCUUGGCAAUGGCAAGGGGUCUAUCCGGAGCAACCAGAUCUAUAACAACAAGGAGGCGGGCGUCUAUAUUCUCUUCAGUGGGAAUCCUGUUGUCAGUGGGAAUCAUAUUUUCCAGGGUCAAGCAGCAGGAAUUGCUGUGAAUGAGAAUGGCAGAGGGAUGAUAAUAGAAAAUGUGAUCAGAGAGAACCAGUGGGGGGGUGCAGACAUCCGCAGAGGGGGAGACCCGGUCCUUAGAAACAACUACAUCUGCUACGGCUACUCUGAUGGCGUGGUGGUGGGAGAGCGAGGCCGCGGGCUCAUAGAGGGAAACCACAUCUACUGUAACAAGGGCUGCGGUGUAUGGGUCAUGGCCUCAAGUCUCCCUCAACUACUGGCAAACUACAUAACCCACAAUCGCAUCUAUGGGCUGGCUGUAUUCUGCCGGAAGGACCCUGAAAACAGGGAGCCGAGAGUUGGUGAUGGGGCUGUCCAGGAAUGGGGAGGGGAGAGGAGAGGAGGAGGAGACGGAGCAAGGCGAGGGGGCGCGCAGGAGAACUUUAAUGACGACGGGGAGAUCUUUGCCUGGGAGAACGAUCUGGACAGUGAGGACGAGCGCUACUCGGCGCGGCGGUCCAUCAGCGUGGCGCUGGUGGAGGGCAACUGUAUGAGCCACAAUGGAGCUGUCGGCCUGUACGUGAAGACCAGUGAGCCUCUGAAUGUCAUUGGAAACCUUUUGAACAGCAACUGUGCGGCUGGCAUCGCCGUCCUGCAGAGCACUCAGCUGACCCGUCUGGUGGCCAACUGUACGCUCGACAACAGCCUGGGUGGGGUCACCGUUGAGAAGGACUGCCGGGUGGAGCUGCGUGGCAACGGUAUCUAUGACAACAAAGGCCACGGCGUCAGUUUCUGUGGCGAUGGGCAGAUCGGUGAGAACGAUGUGGUUGGUAACCGUGGAAACGGGAUUCAAGUCUCCAGCAAUGCAGAUGUGAAGGUGCUGCAUAACCGCGUCCAACCAUCACAGGGAGGCGGGGCCAUCGUGGUGCUUGGGCCAGUAAAGGGAGUUAUCGGGGACAAUGUCCUGUUCCAGGGCCACCCGGGAAACAAAGAAGCACUUCUACACAUGGACCCCAGCAAUGAGAGAUGUUUGUUGAAUAACAACAUCAUUCUGCAACAUACCAACAGCUGUCCGUCACACACUCUGUGGGCCUUGGAGAACCCCUCGGCCCGCCCUCUGGCCGACUCCACGUCCGGGCCCUCGGCGUCGGGGUACUCCUCCCGCCUCACCAUCUCCAUGACGGCCCGGAUCAGCGCCACCGUGGAGAGCGGCUGCCACAACAGCGGCAGCAUGUUCUGCUCCAUCCUUUGAACGCCAAUGCUCACAGUAGUAACUACACUGCGUGCCUGUUAUAAACAUGGCACACACACGAGGACUGAUGACAAGCCGUCGACGCUGGUGACAAUGUUCAUGCCGCUGGACUGGACGGCUCCUAAAGGUCAAGGCUAAAGGGUAAAAAAAAAAACGAGGUCGACAGCAGGUGUAGAUGAUCCCGCUUGUAUUUCCAUUCUUCACAUUCCAAUGCAGGGUACAAAUGUAAAGAGAAAACUCACCACAGGUUACAGCGUUUUACUUUUUAACCGUUUCAAAUGUUGCAAUUUGAAGGCCAUGUUUUUCGUUCACGUUAUCUGUAAUGCACUUUUGAAAAACAUGGAACAUAGUUACUAAGUGAGCUUAGUAAGUCACAGGAGCUUGGGAGAUGGGUAGAGAAUUCAUAUAUAGAUAGGCCAAGUUUCAACUAUUUCAACCGGCCUGCAAUGGUCGGAGGACGGUUAUUUUUAAUGUGUAUAUGAAAAGGGAAAAUCAAUACAAACAUCGCCUACAACCAAUGCACAGAAGCUGUUCUUUUAGUCAAUCUAUUAUUUUGUUCUAAAGCUAUUUACGCCCAUAUUUUGCCGGUAAUGUUUAU